AUGUCCAUAAUCGUCUCACGACUCAGAAACCCAUCUUCAGCUGCAGGUGAGAUCCCCGACGACGAGGAGGAGACGGAGAAGGACGAGGCUUUUGAAGAGAAGCGUUUGGGAAGCGCCUGGGAGCGCACCCUGACCUAUCUCUGGGAAGAGAGGGACGGCGAUUCGCCGAGCAGCCUUCCAGGAGUUCCCCAAGACGAAGGCAGCACGCAAGAAGGAGGGCCUGUAAGAAAGACUUCAUCCACAGAUGCCACUGUCGGUAUAGAAAGCCAUCGCCCUACGUUGUUGCUCGAGGUGCCCGUAUCGGAGACUGCAGCCCAAGAAGAGGUGCACGAGCUUGCUCUGACUCCCGACUCUGAGCACGCCAACCUCUUGAACCAGGUUUUGAAGGAGGUCCAGUCCAUCCAGCCCGACCUGCCUGAUCACCUGGAGGUUCCAGAGGUUGGCCUGCAGCGUGUGGAGUCGGAGCAGAGCCAGGCGAUGUCAUGGACUCUCAACGGCACCGAGGUGCAAGCGCUUCUCGGGGACACGAGCACUGAGGACCUCCGUCUCCGUGCAGCCGGCGUCGGCGAGGAGGCCAAGAGCCCUCAGGCGCUGAGCGGAUCUCGUACUCAGGACGACCUUGAGAGGCACUUGAAGGAUCUCAUGGCCGGGGCAGACGUCGCGCAGGUGGUGACGAAGCUAGCAGAGCCCACGCCAAUGGAGGAGCAAGAGGAGGAACGAGCGCGACGCGAGGAGGAAGAGCGCCGAGUGGAGGCCGAGAGGGCCGAAACUGAGCGCCGCCAGGAAGAGGAGCGUCUGCUGGAAGAAGAGAGGCGCGCCAAAGAAGCGGCUGAUCGGGCAGAGCGCGAGGCGCGCACCCGCGAGGCGGAGGAGCUGGCCGAGCGAGAGCGCCUGGAGCGCCUGGAGCGGGAGAAGGCCGAGGCUGCGGCGGCUGCGGCCGCGGCGGCGGAGCGCGAAGCCGCAGAGAAAGCCCGGCGGGAGGCGGAGCGAGCGCGGGCGGAGCGCGAGGCCGCGGAGCUCGCGGAGCGCGCGGAGCGCGAAGCGCAGGAGGCGGCGGCGCGUGAGGCGGAGCGACGGAAGCUUGCUUUGGAGGCAUUGUGUGAAGCGAUGGCGAGCCGAAGCAAGGAGCAGAUCGAGAUCUGCCUGCAGACAGCGGAGGAAGAUGGGAUCCCGGAGAAGGAGGCGGAGGCUGCUGUGCGGGUGCUUCACCAGAUCGCCGAGAUGGAGGCGAUCCGCGCUGCGGAGCAUCGCCUGCGUGGAGCCUGUAGCGACGGGGAUCCCGAGGAGAUUGUCCGUGCCAUCGCCCACGCGACAGAGGUGGGUGUGGGGCGAGACAAAAUAGAUGCGGCCAACGAGACACUGUCCAAGAUCCGAGAAGAGAUCCAGCAGCGGGAAGCAGCCACGAAAAGGCUCCGCGAGAUCCUGCUGAAGCCGUGGCCGAACCCUGAAAGUGGUGAAACUCUGGAGGAGCGCAUCUCAAACCUUUCCGAGGCAAUCUCGACUGGCAAGGCCUGCCGGGCUCAGGCGGAGCUUCAGGCAGCAGCAGAGUCUCUUCAAGUUCUCGAAGGCCUUCGCCGUCGGGAACUCGCCACACAGGCCUUGAUGCAGGCCCUAGAGUCUCAGGACCUCCAGGCCGCGAAGAAGGCCUACAGCCAUGCGAAGGAGUGUGGCCUUUCUGUGGAGGAGCUGGUCUCCUUCGAGCACCUGCUGCGAGACUUGUCUGACGCCUUGGAGCUUGCCGGCGACAAGGAACGGCUGAUGGAGCGGCGUGUUGCCGCUGCAGUGGAGGCGAAGAGCCAGGCAGAACGCAUGGAAUCCUCGGCUGAAGUAGAGAAGAUGCUUGGCGAAGGCGGCGUCAUUGUGGUGCUCAAGGAUGCCAUCCAAGAAGCGAAAAAAGCGCGGCUCGUGAGCAAGGGCGCCAUCGCCAGAGCGGAGGCCGUUGUCCCGGAGACGAUCGCGGAUCUCAAGCGCAUCAUUGCUGACAAGCAGCUGAACGAGAAGCGUGUGGCAGAGCAGCGUCUGCGUGGUGAGGUGGAGCUGGUGCAAGAAGCUGGGAUCCUCCAUGUUGGCGUGUUGGAGGGCUUGCGCAAUGCAAUUGCAGAAGCCACCCGCUUCGGCGCUGACGUCAGGGAUGCGGAGCAGGUCUUGGCGCAACUGACGAAAGACCUCGAGAAGAUGACGCUGGAGGCCAAGAGCACGCUUUCCCAGGCUUUCGAGUCUCGCAGCCCCGCGGAGAUCCGCAAAGGCAUCUCGGCCUCCCGGCAGCUUUUGCUGAACGAGGAGCAUGCCGGUGCCAUGGUACAGCUUCGUAGCAUCACUGAAGAGGAUAUCGCCUCGGCUCGCAGCGAGCACGACCGAGAGGCCCGUAUGGCCCGGGUUGCCCUCCUGGAGCAGUUCGUGGGAAUUCUCCGGGAGAACGGUGACAAGCAGCUGCGGGGAUUCCAUAACGACCUUCAGGACUUGAAGGGCGCACUCCGUGUCUUUUGCAGGGUCAGGCCCUUGAAUGGGCGAGAGAUCAAGAAGAAUGACACUAUCGCUGUGGAGAUCCUGGACUCAUUCACCGUUGCCGUAAACAAAUCGGAGACCGACAAGCAGACCUUCGCGUACGAUGCCAUCUUCGGUCAAGGUAGCUCCCAGGCGGAUGUUUUCGUGGAGUGCAAGGGCUUGGUACAGAGCAUGAUCGACGGAUACAAUGUGACGGUUUUCACGUACGGCCAAACUGGAGCUGGAAAGACAUGGACGCUGUACGGCUCCGGUGCAGAGCCUGGUCUCUCGCCUCGACUAUGCGAGGAAGUUUUCCGCGUGGUUCACAGAGACCGAGAGAAGUUCGACUUUGAAGUGCGGGCGUCCAUGAUCGAGCUCUACCUCUCUGACCUGCGCGACUUACUCUCCAAGAACAAGGAGCCACCCAAGCUGGAGUUGAAGAGCUACAAGCAGGCAGAUGGCACCGUUGGUCAGCGGCUCGAAGGUGUCACGGAGACGCUGGUGCGCUCAUCCGACGAUCUCGUCAAGGUGGUGGCCACCGGUUUGGGCAACCGCAAGGUCCGCGCCACGAAGAUGAACGCCGACUCCUCGAGGUCCCAUUUGAUGCUGAUCAUCAGCAUGGACGUAAUCGACAAGGAGACCGGCAGGCGGCGGUCUGGGAAGAUCUCCAUCGUGGACCUCGCAGGCUCAGAGCGCCUGAGCAAGAGCGAGGUCACCGGCGAGGCCCAGAGGGAAGCCAUCGAGAUCAACAAGUCUCUGACAGCGCUGGGGGACGUCAUGAUGGCUUUCGCCUCCCGGGCCAAGCUGAUCCCGUACCGCAACCACAAGCUGACCCAGUUGAUGCAGGACAGCUUGGGGGGCUCGGCGAAGACCUUGAUGUUUGUCAAUAUUUCGCCGUCAUCGUCGAAUACGGAUGAGACCAUCAACUCUCUCAAGUAUGCGUCAAGGGCCAGGUGCAUCGAGAACGAAGUGAAAACGAAUAUGCCGGGCUUGAAGAGCACCGGGCGUUAG